AAACAUAACUUUAGCUUAGAAAUAAAGCAUAACACCCGUACAUAUUUUUUACGUAAUACUGUAUUUUACUAACUAUGCUGAUUAGAUCAUCAAAGAGAUCAUCAAGGAGAAAGACAGCCUUUUCUUAAGCCCUUUGAUGCUUUGACUUUGACUCUAAAAUCAAAACCAUACAGAAAAUUGAAAAAGAAAUAAAAAAAAGGGUAAAAGAAACAAAAAAGAGGAGCGCACACCGCUCAGCAAAAGCAAAUGGGAAAAAAUAAAAAUAAAAUAAAAUUAAGAGGGCUGAAGAAGAAAAUUCCUAACUUUCCUCCCUCCUUCCUGAAAACCUGAACAAGGGUAGGAAGAAAAAGCCCCUCGAUAUAUAGAGACGCGCCUCUCACUUCAUUCUCUCAAUCAGUUCGCUCCCUGGUAACACAUAAAACUAAACCGAGAGAACCCUUCUCUCUUUUUCUCUCUCAAUUCCGUUCAAUAUCUUCAAUUCAAUAAGGAAAAGCAGAGCUUGUUGGACUCAGACGCAGUCUCUGGUUUACUUAAUCCUACGACCCAUCUCUCGACAGAAGAGAAUAUAGGUAAGCACCGCUUGUCUUCUGGGUUUGGUGGGUUUCAGUUUUGAUUUGGUGAAAAAAGUUUGAAACUUUGGUUCUGGGUUUUGCUUGGAUUGUACGGGCUACUUCUUCUUCGAAGACUUCCUAAAGUCUUCGUUUGGGGGGUUUGGAUUUGACUUGUCGUCGUUUUAUAGCUCUAAUUUCUUCCCCUGUUACUUUUUGUGUUGUGAAGUUUGGUGGGUUUGAUUUUUAGGUAGGAAUAGGCUGAGAUGGAAUUGGGGAUUUGGGGUUUGCUGAUAAAAAUUCAAUAUUUGGCUCUGUUGAAUUGAAUUCUUCUUGUUGAGGCCAUCAAUGGAACUUUCUGGAUUUUAAGGGUUUUCUUUUUCCUAUCAUAGCUUUUAGGUUUUCUGGUUAGACUUUCGAGCACAUCAAUUGUUGUUGUAAAUUUGGUUUGAGGCGGUGUUUAAUUGGUUGAAAAUUCCUUUUACAGGAGCUACUUAUGUGCAAAGGUUCCAAGACCGCUCUUUCGCCUUCCAACACCAACAACAUGGAAGAACCUUCGUUUAAGCAGAAAGGCAGCACCUUGUCUACCUGCUCAGUUCUGCUCGAGUUUGCUGCCUCUGACGAUCUCGUUUUCUUCAGAAACGAAGUCGAGGGAAAUGGGCUGGAUGUUAAUGAAGCAAGCUACUGGUAUAUCAGAAGAAACGGUUCUCGGAAGAUGGGUUUUGAACUCAGAACCCCUCUCAUGAUUGCUGCCUUGUUCGGAAGCACAAGCGUGGUGAAGUACAUCAUUGCAACUGGCAGAGUCGAUGUCAACAGAGCUUGCGGCUCCGAUAAGGUUACUGCGUUGCACUGUGCUGUAGCUGGUGGCUCGAAUUCCUCGGCCGAGAUCGUCAAGGCUUUGCUUGAUGCUUCGGCUGAUGCUGAUUGUGUCGAUGUUAAUGGAAACAAGCCGGCGGAUCUCUUCAUGCAUUCCUCCAAAUGCCCUUGCAAUUCGAGGAGGAAGCUGAUCGAGUCGUUGCUCAAGGGUGAGAGUUUGAGUGAAGAUGAGGAGGAGAAGCUUAUCAUGGCAGUUCCAGCUCAGCUUGCUAAAGAGGGAGCAACCGAGAGGAAAGAGUAUCCUAUCGACGUGUCUCUCCCUGAUAUCAACACCGGUGUCUAUGGUACCGAUGAGUUCAGGAUGUAUUCAUUCAAGGUUAAGCCCUGCUCGAGGGCAUAUUCUCAUGACUGGACUGAGUGCCCCUUUGUCCACCCUGGGGAGAACGCUAGGAGAAGGGACCCAAGGAAGUACCCUUACAGCUGUGUCCCUUGCCCUGAAUUCCGAAAGGGCUCGUGCCAGAAGGGUGAUUCCUGUGAGUAUGCUCAUGGUGUGUUCGAGUCGUGGCUGCAUCCUGCUCAGUAUCGGACAAGGCUUUGCAAGGACGAGACUGGUUGUGGGAGGAAAGUCUGUUUCUUUGCUCACAAGGUUGAGGAGUUGAGACCAGUCCAUGCGGCCACAGGUUCAGCUAUGCUUUCUCCUCCUAGGUCUUCUGCUUCUGGAAUGGAGAUGCCUUCUUUGAGCCCACUAUCUCUGGGUUCGAUGUCUAUGUCAUUGCCUACCGCUUCCACACCUCCCAUGUCACCUUUAGCAACUGCGUCUUCGUCCCCAAAGAGUGGGGGGUUGUGGCAGAACAAGAUCAACUUCACCCCACCUGCUUUGCAACAUCCAGGAAGCAGGUUGAAGACUGCUAUGAAUGCUCGAGAUUUUGAUUUGGAGCUGGAGUUGCUCAGGUUUGAGAACCAGACCAACCAGCUACAUCAGCAGCAGUUGAUGGAAGAGAUUUCGGGUCUCUCCUCACCAACCUGCUGGAGAGACUUGAAUCCUACUAACCUAGAUGAUUCAUAUCAUUCUCCAACGGGUCUUCAGAUGCGCCAGAAUGUGAACCAACUCCGUUCGAGUUACCCUUCCAACGUGUCAUCUCCCCAGUCGGCGAGGAAGCUCGGGUCAUAUGGAGGGUUCGAUUCGUCCGCUGCAGUGGCUGCUGCUGUGAUGAACUCUAGGUCCUCGGCUUUUACAAAACGGAGCCAGAGUUUCAUCGACCGUGGUGCAGCAGGCAACAACAACCGCCAUGGAUUCACCGGGCCGACAGCCAACUCAGUUUCGAUGAUGUCACCCCCCAACCAUCUCUCCGACUGGGGCUCACCCGACGGGAGGCUCGAUUGGGGGAUGCAAGGAGACGAGCUCAACAAGCUCAAGAGGUCUGCUUCUUUCGGCUUCAGAGGCAGCCACAACAAUAGCCCCACAACCAGGCCUGCAAGUUUGGCUAUGUCGAACAAUGGCGAGCCAGACGUUUCGUGGGUUAACUCGCUGGUCAAGGACGUUCCUUCCAGCAUCGAUGGAGGUGGUUUUCGCGAGAAUCGUUUCAGCAACGGGAGUGGCGUUCGUGAGUCAUCCAUUCCACCAUGGAUGGAGCAGAUGUAUAUAGAGCAGGAGCAGAUGGUGGCAUAAGUUCAAGUGGGGAGAAACCUCCCUUUGAUGAUCGCGAGGAUGCAGAUGGAGAUGAUGAUGAUCAACCUGACAGUUGUUUUCUUCUUUAUUAUUCAAAUUGAUAUUGCAAUUGUUGUUUAGUAAUCUCUUAUUUACUAAUUGUGUUUACAUUCUCUGUGCAAAACUGAGGAGGCACAGACAGGAAAGCGGGGGAAAAAAAAGGCUAGGUUCAUAGAUAAGGUGAUUAUAUAUUCUUUAAUUAAUUUAAUAUAUAUCUUGAAAUGUAUUUUCUGUAUUCUCUCUGCCUCUCGCUCUAGGUUUGAUGGUUGAGGGAGGAGAGAGGGAGAGUGUCUGUGUUCUUCCUCCCCUGUAACCUCUUCAAUAAUUAUAAGGAAAAUGGUAGAGAAGGGCCAUUUCUGUUCAAAUAUGAUCUCUGUUCUUGCUGUUUCCAUCAUUGUACUCUUUAGUUUGAAUUAGUCCAAACAUGGCAUCGUUUCUCUGUUCUUGCUGUUUCCAUCAUUGUACUCUUUAGUUUGAAUUAGUCCAAACAUGGCAUCGUUUUCUUCUUCUAUCUCUAUAUCGCAAGUCUUUACUUCUAGAUGAUGUCGAUCUCUUGGCCCUAUGGAAGCCAACAAGCUCGUAGACAAGAUGGCAAAGGUUGCAAAUUUUGAAUUUUCUCUGGCUACCCUACCUUAAUGAUCAUCAUAUGUAUGUAUGUAUCUAUCUUUAAACUGCCAUGGCACUAUAUGUUGUAUGGCAGAGUCGCCUUGAGAACAGGGGCGGCCGCGGUGACAACGACGAAGGACAACGGAGAUGUGAACCAUCAUCGUGUUUCAAUCAUUUCAUAUCCGUCAAAGUUUUUUCCGAUCAAAAAACGAAUUCACAAUCAGUAGUUUGAUUUCACGGUUUGAUCUUUUCUGUUUCUAGGUGCAUACAUUUUCAUUUUGAUGGAGGGUGGGUGGGUAAAAAGGGGAUAUUUCUUUCUUUCCACCAUGACUUGUCAAAGGACAGAUGUCAUCAAGAUAAUGGAAUAAAUCGGCCGACCAUGAGCUAGGGGGACGGUGGCGAUGCUACCUCUGAUCUUUUGUUUUCUUGUGGGUUUGGGGAUUAAUGAAAGGAGAAGAAAAGGAAAGCAUAGAAAAUAAUAAUGGAGCUGGCCUGCUUUCGUUGAUUAUCAUUCUCUCUCUCUCAAUCUCUCUCCGGCCAGCAGCGGCCAAGUACAACAAUCCACCAUGAAAAUUGACAGGGAGGCCCCGCCACCGCCAUCAUCUUCCUUCUGACCUUCUCUCACUCAUUAAUUUAUUUCAUUUUUCUCUGGCUUUCUCCGCUCCUUUCUUUCUUUUGAUUAGGCGUGCGCUGGCGCCUGGGUUUGAAGUAGCAGCAGAGAGAGAGAGGAAGGGUAUUGGUUGGCCGGCCCCCUCUUAUCCUUCCUUUCCCAUUGGCUUCUUCUUUCUUUUCCUUUCUUCCCUUCCGCCUCUUUUGAUCUUUUCCCACAUUUCUCACCACCACCAUUAUUCUACGAGUGGUUUGGUUUAUGUAAUUGUUAAAUUGAUAUAUUGUGAUUAAUACAUGUAUUAUAUUAGA